AUGGAGGCCCGCGUAAGCCACCGCGUAAGGUCGCCAUGCCAUCUGGCGCAAGACCCGCGUCUUUUCGUCACUCCAGUGGAAAUGGCCGCCUCCGUGGUGCGCCCGGUGCUCGUCUCUGGCCUCGCGCUGCUCGGCGCCCCUGUGCUCGGCCUCGUGACGGGCGACGUGGCCGAGCUGGCGCCGUCGCGCGGCGGCUUCUCGCCAUCGCGCGACGCGUCCUCUGGAGGCGGGCGCCAGACGCCCGAGGAGCUCGGAUUCUCCGACGACGGCAUUUCCGAGGACGGGGAGAGCUACGGCAGUUCGCAGUUUAACGAGGAGUUCUGCCUGGACAUCGGCGCGAAGGGGUUCCCGAUCCCCACGCUGAAUAUGCUCAAGGCGGCCAACUGGGACGCGCCGACCUACUUCGCGCAGCUGCAGGGGGCGGGUUACGCCGAGGACGCCCUGCAGAUGACGGGGCCCGAUGCAGCCAUACUGAAGUCGGACUGCAUGAAAGAGCGCUUCCACGGCAAGACGAAGCACAUCUUUGUUGGCGAUUCUCAGAUGAUGGCCCUCCGCAACGCAUUCCACCGCCUCAACAAGUGCCCCGAGAUCUGGUGGGCCAACCACACCGCGAAGGACGUCGACGACAUGAUGGGCACUGUGCGGAGGAACGAGGCCUCCAAGACGUCCGCGAAGAGUAAAUCCCGCUUCCGCUCCAGGGCCGACCAGGCCCCGGACAGGCUGCCCCGCGGUUGCACCGAGGAGGGCAUUGGGUCUUUCAUCAAUUGGGACGGCUGGGCCAGCCAACAGCUUCCCGUGAGGGAGAUCAAGAUGGAGAUGGAUCUGGUCGGUGUGAGCCCUGCAGAUGGGGACCUCGUCGUCGUCUGGAUUGGCUCGAAUUUUAUCCCAGCAAGGCACAGGAUGUCCACCCUGCUCCAGAGCGUCAACAAGCUGCACGAGCUGAAGGUCAAGAUGAUCUGGGACUCGCCGACCUUCCAGGACGAUGCCCUUAUGGCCGCCACAACGACCUACGACGCUGGACGCGAUCCGCGCAACAACCAGCCCAUCGCUUACAAUUACAUGAAACAGCGGAAAAAGAGGGGUCACAUCGGGUCCAACGAGUUCAAGACCGAAAAGGAGCUCUUCGAUCAGGGUAUCGAGAUCCCCACCACGAAGCGGUGGCAGAUCUCCAACCGCUACCGCGGGCUCCAGUGCGACGGCAUUCACACUGACAUGCGCGCCAGGGACCCCCUUUUCUACGACCUGCCGUGCCCUAUGGGCAAACAAAAAUGGGGCCAGUCCAACUAUUGCACUUGGGUGGAGCCAUUCAAGGCAGAGCUGCGUCCCGUGUGCCCGGAAGCCUACGGGCUGGACGACCUGGUGCUUCAGAGCGGUUUGUAUGCGAUGUGCGCUGCGCACGAGCAGCCGUUCUGCUAUUCGUACACCGAGCACAUCCGCUGA